AUGGCGAUUCUCCUUCCAUUUCCUCGUUUGAAUGUGCCAACACUUUUCAAGGUUAGUUACCAGAAUUUAUCACCUAAUUUGUUUCGUUUUUUGCUUGAUAAUGUUUGUUGUUAUAUUCCUAGACUUUCACUUAACUAAACAGGGACUGCCAUUGGUUGAUUCUUGGUCACGUGGCCUUGACUAAAAUCAAAUGUAUCCCGAUCGUGAUACAUUAAAGCAAUGUACCCUGCUCCGGAUACGUUGCAGCACGUGAUCAAAUCAUGGUGGAAAGUGGCGUGACAAAAGGCGGGAAAAAUACUGCCAGGUCCUGCCAGUUUUCUUUUUCGUGAAUGAACACAACAACACAAACACGAAGCCUCAAGCUAAAAAGCAACGAUUUUUAAAGUUAUCCAAGAAGUUCCCAGAAGAAAAACAGCAGCUGGUGGAGGAAAAUGAUGCAGAUAAUGUAGGGAAGGUAAGGGGAAGGUAUUUUGUAAAUCAUUCAUUCAGUGGUUUUGAGAAUUAAAUUUGUGUUGCUGUAAGUACCGAGUCGACUGUUUUGGUUCGCUCCGGUUAUUCUCUUGUUGCUCUUGAAGUGAAAGUCUAGAAAUAUAACAAAACACUUAAUGUCAGGUCCCUCGGGAAACCAGUUAGUUUGUUUUCCCACGAGUCCUGAUGUUUCCCUCGACUUCGUCUCGGGAAACAUCAGGACUCUUGGGAAAACAAAACUAACUGUUUCCCUCGGGAUCUGACAUUAAGUGUAUAAUAAUGUUGAAUAUUGAAUAUGUGUUAUUUUGUGUGGAGGUUUUAAAACCAUACUCUGAUUUGCUGAGCCAUUUUGUGUUGAUGUAGGUGACAGUGUCCAUUGUUCUGCUGAUGCCAUUGGUAUCUGCUUCAGUUGCUUGGCCAUCAGCUGCUGGAGUCCGCAUUCCAAAUUUUGCCGCGGCCAAGGCAAUAAUUAACAGGGACAAACCGAAUUUAAACUACGCCAAACUCUGCCAAGGGAGGCUAGAAGAGGGGCAGAUGAAAAAGGUCUGUCAUCUGAAAGACGUGCCAAGCGUGGCCUUCUUGUUCUGCAAAUACCAACUGGAUUGUGAAUAUUACAUUAAAAUGGAGGUUAAUAACAUAAAGAAGCUUAUUACUGGGGGCGUUAGAACGGUGGAGAUUGAUACCCAAUGGAUCGAGGACGUCAAGUGUGGAAGUGAGGUCGACCUUACCUGUACUGGAUUCUUGGAGGGAUGGGUUGGCGGAGGUUGGUUACAGCGUCUGGACACUAUAUUCUUGGGCGGUAAGGAUCCUGUCAAACAAUUGAUCAAAACCAUCCGGGAAAAGAUCCCAACUUCCCAAGGUCUGAAGGAGACGGCCGAGGAUCUGAUAAAGGUCAAAGCUUUCAUGUUUGCAGGGAAAGAUAUUAACUUGAUUUGUGAUCUACAGGGCUUUUUCUUGACAGCUGGAGGUUUCCAGGUCAGCGAUCCUGAGGACAUUAAAAAGGUAGAUAACCCGAAAGAGAGCUGUCCCGCCCAUGACCCUGGAACCAAAUUGCCGACCGCGCAACAAGUCCGCGAGGGAUUGGAUCUAUUAAUUCAAGAUUUGUCGAAGGGAUGA